UCCUCCAUAUGUCCAUCCUCAUCCUCUCGCUCUCGAACUCGUCCACACAGACACGCAUGCCCUCCUCUCGGAUCCACACAAACAACAACGAAGCCAUUUUUGUGUUGCUAAAAAGAGGGAUGUUGUCAUUAGACACGCUGUGUUGACGAGUCGCCGGAUUCAAUACGAAAGGUGCAACCAGCAAAGCAUUGUGGGUGUAUUCAUUAGAAUUUUGGGAAUAGGCGUGAUCCUCUAUGGAUGUCAACAUGAUGACCGGAUCGUCUCCGUCUGUUUGGCCCGGAGAGGAGCGACCAUCCUUGCUGGAUCAGGAGGACCCGGAGCUGAGCCAUGCCUCCAUCGCAAUGCCGUGCCCCCCCCUCGGAGUCGGGGAGCAGCUCCUGUGUGGCGGAGGCAGCGGUAACCCGGUCGACAUCAAGCCACCUCGCAGCAUCUCCAAAGGCGAGCUCGUUAUCGUAAUUAAUGAGAAGCUGAAAAGUAACGGUGCCCACACGUCGGAGAGCACCUCCUCCCCCGUCAUCUCCUCGCCACCCAGACGGCAACACUCCAUCUCCUACCCCCAUCAGGGCAAGACCAGGAAGGGCAGUCGGGCAGGCUCCAUCGGCUACACCGCCUUCUCCCCCAGGCCGUCGUUGUCACGCCACUCCAGCAUCGCCACCAACCCCCCGUUGGACCGUACCAAGGUGAAAGACUACCUCCUGCUCUCCGUGCUGGCUUGCUUCUGCCCCGUGUGGCCCAUCAACAUUGUGGGAUUUGUGUACUCCAUCAUGUCUAAAAACAGUCUUGAGCAAGGCAACCUGGACGGCGCUGUGCGUCUGGGCCGCGUGGCGAAGAUGCUGUCCGUGGUCUCCCUGGUGGGAGGGACCAUCAUUAUCAUCGCCUGCAUUGUCAACCUGGCCAUCAAUGUGAAAACCUGACUUUUCAUCCCGGGAUAAAACGGGAUAAGGCAGCUGCAUCCCGACUGGCCCUCCCCUGCACCGCCUGUCUUUUUCCCACCUUAGUUGUUACCUGGAUGUGUGACUUUAAGAAAAUACUCAAAACGCAGCCACUGAUAUCUAUAUUCUUUUUUUUUUGCUCAUGGAAAUGUUAUGCAAAAUGCUGCUGAGUCACAAAAAAAGGGGGGGGGGGGCGGAAAGGCGGGGUGGGGAGGUUAAGUCUUGAAGGAGGAUGGAGACAGACUGGUCUCUUUUUCUGGACGUGGACUCAAAGCCGACAAGGAGAAUCCUUUUCACUGCAUCCAACACGCCGUCAUCUCAAAUCCCCCACUGAGAUACUCCACCAGCCCCCCCCCCACCUCCUCCCCCUUUCAUCCUUUUCGGAGAAACGCUCUCUAUCACCUUGUUGAGACUGCCGUUCUCCUGCCUGAGGAUGAAAGAGAAGCUUACAGAGGAGAAGCCACGGAUGGUAAAAAUGGAUUACGGAAGAAACAUGUGCCAAAAACUAAUGGGGGUUCGUGGGUGGGGGGGUGGGGGGUGUUUUUUUUUUUUUAAAUCCCAAGCCUCAAUCGUUACAGGGUGAGAAGAUGCCACAACGUUCCCAAAGCUCUCAUCAUCCAAGCACUGUGAGUCCUAGGAAGGAAACUGUAGCAACAGGACACAACAUUAGGUACACCGAAAACGACACCCAAAGCAAGAAUUGCAUCAUGUUUAAUAUUGUGGUUGUGGGCUUUUCCUGGGAUUGUGGUUUUGGUUGCUUAUGAGAGGUGAGGCGCGGAGGCGCAGAGGCGCCCCAGGAGUGGUAUAGGAUGUAAUUGAACGUGAAAAUUUGGGGGAUUUAACGUUCAAAAUUUGGCAGUCACGGGGCGGCCUACAGGUUUUUUGAUAUGUGUGUGUGUGUGUGUGUGUGUGCAUGUGUGUGUGUGUGUGUGAGAAACAAAAGCUGCAGUAAAAGUCAUGGCUUCUGUUUUGAUGCUGCUGCUCGGUGACAAGGUAGCGCUUUUUAUGAAUUAAAAAACACCCUGGAGGCGGGGGGGGGGGGGGUUGUCUGUUAACCAAACCUGCACUAGCUUUGCUGUGGAUUUCUACCAGCUGCUCCCGUGUGCCCUGUUUGAGAUCUUUACUUGUGAUUCUCACUGUGAUCCCCAAACAACAAUAACAGGCUCUUUUUUCUUCUAAUGUAUAUUUCAAUAUUUCAACUAGUAAUCAUGAGUUGAUGUAUUCUACUGAUAUAAUAAUAAUCCUCAAUAUGGUGACAUAUGAGUUCAGUAGUUGAUCUGAUGUAGACACACAGGCCUUCCUUUUAGCACCCGGGCUAUUCUAUUAUUCUAUUAUUAUUAUUGUUAUGAUGAUGAUUAUGAUUAUAUUUGUGGUGAAAGGCAUGCUAUGGGUUUUUAAUUCAUGUAUAAACCAUAUGAGUUAGCACUUUGGAUAUUGUAUUUCUGCAGUACAUUUAUAAUAAAGACACAAUGCAUGCAGUGUGA